UUUCCGCCCUCGUAUAACUCUAGUACUUCUGAGCCCUUGCACCCUCAUCAAUAUUUCCCUUUGCAUAAUCUUUUUACCUUCUAAGCCCCCUUGGGUGGUUACAACUGUGCUGCCAGCUCUUCGCGUCGCUUUUAUAUAUCAGGCUCUCCACUCAAUCGCUAUUUACAAACUGGUUGUUGUUGACUGAAACCAUGUCGCACGUCAUCGCCACUCCAUUCGGUCUCGGCCUUCCAUAUCCUGCUCUAUUUCUCGUCCCUAAGAGAAAGAAUACUAAGCGGCGUCCGGCUGACUACUUUUGGCAAAAGGCGACGGCACCCACCCUUCCCGUCUCUGAUCGUCUAUAUGGAGACAAUUCUCGGCUUAGUCCGGCGUCCCCCGCUACUUCUUGGCUCGAUGAGGAAGCCGUUGCAGUCUUCAGCGAUAGCGAGGACGAGCCCGUAAUCCGAACGCCAGGACUUGCCCCUGCGAAGAAGAAGAAAAGCUUUGCCAAGAUACGGGAAAUCGCCUUUCGAGCAUUCGUACCGAAGCCCGGCAGCACCAAGACCAGUACAGUCGUUGCUACCGAGAUCGUCUCACGACAACACCUUUCACCCGACCAUGCCCUAGCGAAAGGCAGUCAAGGAGGUUUCACUCUCUUCAACAGUUGGAGACUCAAGUCUAAAGGUACCAAUACUAAAGUCAUGAAGCUCUCGGCGAUGGUCAAACGUCGUAUUAACAGCAGAAGCCCCGCUCACCUGCAACCCAAAACCUGGGAGGAGUAUGGCCGAUGCUAUGCCGCCGAUGUUUGAUGCGAAAAUCAGUAUGCUCAGUAUCAUCACAGACGAAUCCCAAAUAUUCUUGGCUGAGUCAGGUCUCACCCCUUUGCGAGCUGCCCCGCGUGAAAUUACCGUUUGUGCUCAUACUGUUUUGAGUGGACGUAAGGGAUUCACUAUAUUGGACACUAAAAAGGAUUGGCGUUUUGCUGCUUCGCCCCUAGUCGAACAUUACCGUGCCCGGUUCUACUCAGGUGUGCCUCUCAUGGCGCCCAACUUGGACGGAGCAGUAGAAUCGGAGGAGGCAGCCUGUCCCAUCGGUACUCUAUGUGUCAUUGACGACAAGCCGCGUGAAGAGUUUGGUAUCGAAGAGCGCAAGAAGCUUGUGUACAUGGCUGAGUAUGCACGUCGUGAGAUUGAAGAAUGGUUCAAGAGUAAAUUGGCUGUGAAGAUGGAGGUCCUCGAAGAAUCACACAAGGUCUUUGUCGAGAACGUUGCUUUAGUUGAAAACGUCGAGGGUGAUGCCCAAGGGACGCCGACAGAGAUCGUCCAUGAGGCAACCGGCGACAGUACUUUGACAUCCACUCCUCCCACCUCACUUUCAGAUGAAGGAUCUAUAUCCAAAGCAUCAGCCCCAGUCAUCUUUCAGGGACCGAGUUUAUUUGAUGACCCAACUAGCCUCAUUAAGCCAAACACGCAAAAGGUGUUUGAUCUGGCCACGAAGCUCGUAGGCGACACACUCGACCUCUCUUUGGUUUAUCUUAUCGCGGUCGCGCCACAUGGCGAUUCAACUACUAUGGGUCAAACCCUUGUCCUAUCAGGCUUCAAUUUGCCUUCACCUCCUCCUCAAUUUGAUGCAGGCUUGCAUCUGCGCGUCCUUUGCACCCCUGAAGGCGGGUUGUUGUACCAAAAUCCAAGUUCACAAGAAGUUCAAGAAGCAGGUUUAGACUCAUUAGCAACCGCAAAUCCUUACGCCUCAGCUAUGCUUGUUCGUCUCGGCCCUGAACCAAUCGGAAAAGCAGGUGGUUUCGUCAUGGCAGGUUUUACUAGUAAUCCCAAGCGAGUUUUUGGAGGUGAAGAUGUCGCAUAUAUGAAACAGUUUGCCAGCGAGCUCAAUCGUUACACCCACAAGUUGAAAUUGUGAACCAUUCUUAUCAAAUGCGACAUAGAGCCUUUGUGCAGUUUUUGUCUUCCUCAUAAUGUUCAUUUUCAUAUAUUCCUUGGACAUAUCAUUGUUUGAUAUGUCCAUCCGAGUCACUAUUUCACAAUUUUCCUGGUAUUUGUCAUUAUUUUGUCUUAUCUUAACACACCAUAUCUCACUUUUGUUAUCAUUCUUCAAAUCCUGCCUUCCGAUCUUCUUUACAGUCUUUACUUCCAUAUCUUGUAGCUGCCUCUAUUUCUUUUACCUGGUGUGUAGCUUUAUAAUACUUAUCGCAGGCAAUCGUGGAUCUCAAGGUGAGAGAAUGCAAUCCAGACCCGUUACUACCUUUACGCAUCUAUAAGAAUGACUCUUUUGCCAGUUCAUAAAUGAUUGACAGCCUAUUCAAUUACAUUUGCC